CCUCGCUUUUUUUCCACUACCCGCUCUCGCUUCCCUCUCCCCCCAUUCCGGCCAUCGAUAAUCUGCCAUUUCAACGCCAUCCAGAUUUCGACACUCGACACCUGCAUCACCCGUCACACACCCAGAGUAAUCUCGGAAAUCAGACAAGAUGGUUUUGGCCGUUGAUCUCCUCAACCCCAGCCCGGCUGCUGAGGCCAAGAAGCACAAGCUCAAGACCCUGGUCCCUGCUCCCCGGUCUUUCUUCAUGGAUGUCAAGUGCCCCGGCUGCUUCACCAUCACCACCGUCUUCUCGCACGCCCAGACCGUCGUCAUCUGCCAGGGAUGCACCACCGUUCUCUGCCAACCCACCGGUGGUAAGGCCAGACUCACUGAGGGCUGCUCCUUCCGGAGAAAGUAGACGUAUCGUCUUCUACUUUUCUUCGUCAUUUUGGGCAUCUCGGUCACGACAUUAUGGUACUUUAACGGACAUCUGCAACGCACUCUCGGUG